AUGGCCACCGAACAACCCGACCGACCGCGCAAGUCGCUCAUUCUCAAUGCCUUUGUUGAGAUGUGCAGCGGCCACCAAUCGCCCGGCCUCUGGACACACCCCGAAGACGAGUCGUACCGGUUCAACGACAUCGACCACUGGAUCGAGCUCGCGCAGCUUCUCGAGUCCGCCAAAUUCCACGGCAUCUUCAUCGCCGACGUGCUGGGAGGAUACGAUGUAUACAAGGGUCCGAGGAACCUCCAACCGGCUGUCGUCUCUGGGGCGCAGUGGCCCGUGAACGAGCCUCUGGCUGUCGUCCCUGCGAUGGCGGCUGCGACGAAGAAUAUUGGAUUCGGGGUGACGGUGACGACGACGUACGAGCAGCCGUAUCAUCUGGCGAGGAGGUUGUCGACUGUUGAUCAUUUGACGAAGGGCCGGAUAGGAUGGAAUGUCGUCACCGGGUAUCUCGACUCCGCCGCCCGGAAUCUGAUCGGAAAGGACCAGCCUCAGCACGACGACCGCUACGCCGUCGCAGAGGAGUACAUCAAAGUCGCCUACAAGCUGUGGGAGUCAUCGUGGCGCGACGACGCCGUGGUCCUCGACCGCGAGCGCCGCGUCUUCACGGAGCCCUCGCGCGUGCGCGAAAUCAACCACGAAGGAAAGUACUUCAACGUCCCCGGCCCUCAUCUGUGCCAGCCGAGUCCGCAGCGCACGCCGGUGAUCCUGCAGGCGGGGACGUCCAAGGCAGGCAAGACGUUUGCGGCGCAGCACGCCGAGGCGAUCUUUGUUGCUGGGCAUAGUCCGUCGGUCGUGGCGAAGAAUAUUGCGGAGAUCCGCGAGCUCGCGAAGACGGAGUACGGGCGGGAUCCGCAGAAGAUUAAGUUCCUGGCGCUGCUUUGUCCGGUUAUUGGCAAGACGGAGGAGGAGGCCAGGGAGAAGUUCAAGUACUAUCGCAGCCUGGGCUCGAUUGAUGGUGCGCUGGCCCUGUUUGGUGGCUGGACGGGCAUUGACCUGGAUGUUUAUGGUGAGGACGAGGAGCUGCGGAAUGUUCCCAGCAACGCUAUUCGAUCCGCCGUCGAGGCCUGGUCCAAGGCGACGCCGGAGGUCCCCAAGUGGACCAAGAAGACCGUCGGCGAGCACAUCACAGUCGGCGGACUGGGCGCAACGCCGGUCGGGACGCCAGAGCAGAUCGCAGACGAGAUGGAGCGCUGGGUGCGCGAGGCCGACGUCGAUGGCUUCAACUUGGCAUAUGCCGUCAAGCCUGGUUCGUUCAAGGACAUCAUCGACCAGCUGCUUCCUGUGCUCCGAAGCCGGGGACUGUUCCACGACGACUACGCUGCUCCUCGUGGGACGUACCGAGAGAACCUGUACAGUCAACCGGGGCAGAGCGGGCCUCCCCAGGAUCACCCAGCUUCGAAGUACCGGUGGAGAGCCGGUGUUGACAAGCAUGAAAUCCCAGAGUAA